AUCCGUCGCCGGCUAGUAUAAUAUAUUUGAAAUGAGAAAAGACCAAAGAGAAACUGGAUAUGAUAGAAAAUCAAAAGCACUUACAUAUGUACGUUACUCCAAGCUGGAUCAGCAGGCGCCUGAACAUACAUAUUUACGUAGCUGGAAAUGUCACCUCCAAAUGUUUUGGUCACAGGAGGCGCAGGAUAUAUUGGCUCUCAUACUGUUUUGGAGAUGCUAAAUGCAGGUUAUAACGCGAUUUGUGUAGAUAAUUUGAGCAACGCUUACAGCUCUGGAGCCUCCAAACUUCCCGAAUCUUUAAGUAGAGUACAAGAACUUACAGGAAAGAAAUUAGUGUAUUACUGUAUUGAUAUUACUGAGAGGGAUCAAGUUCGUGGCAUUUUCCAGGAGCACAAGAUCGAUAUGGUAGCUCAUUUUGCUGCUCUUAAAGCAGUCGGAGAAUCUUGCCGCAUACCGCUUCAAUACUACCAUAACAACAUGACCGGCACAAAUGUUCUUUUGGAAGCUAUGGCUGACAACAAUGUUUUUAAAUUUGUAUAUAGUUCCAGUGCCACAGUGUAUGGAGAACCUAAAUUCUUGCCUGUAACUGAAGAACAUCCGACCGGCAACUGCACUAGUCCUUAUGGGAAGACUAAGUAUUUUACGGAGGAAAUCUUGAAGGAUUUAUGCAAAUCAGACAAGCGUUGGGCGGUGGUUUCCCUUCGUUAUUUUAAUCCUGUGGGCGCACAUCCAAGCGGGCGCAUUGGUGAAGACCCUAAUGGAGAGCCUAACAAUUUAAUGCCGUUUAUUGCCCAGGUGGCUGUAGGGCGGCGAGAUGUUUUACGAAUUUACGGAUCUGAUUUCCCAACAAAAGAUGGUACUGGAGUCCGUGACUAUAUACAUAUUGUAGACCUUGCUGAAGGCCAUCUAAAAGCCUUGGAAAAAUUAAGAAAUGUUGCCGAAACUGGAUUCUUUGCAUAUAAUCUUGGGACUGGUGUUGGAUAUUCUGUUCUGGAAAUGGUACAUGCCUUUGAGAAAGCUAGCAAACGUAAAGUAAACUUUGAAUUUACUGACCGACGUUCUGGAGAUGUCAGUACUUGUUAUGCCGAUGCGUCGUUAGCGGAAGCUUCUCUUGGGUGGAAAGCUAAACGCGGAAUACAUGAAAUGUGUAAAGACACUUGGCGUUGGCAAAGCAAUAAUCCCAACGGCUACGCUCCUAAAUAAUUUUAAAUAUAGGGUGAAUUCCAAAACGUCAAAAUACAAAGCAUCAGUGUCUUUUAUUUCUAAACAGCACUUGGAGAAAAGGUCUAACAUACGCAACCUAGUUGAAAACUAGCAUCUAACAUUGGUUGCGCACAUUUCAAAUUACAAUCUACUGAGGUUUAGAAAUAAGAAAUACCUGAUGCUUUGUAUUUUGACGUUAUGGAAUGCAGCCAUACUUAACCUCAUUAUGUACAUUUGACAUGCAAAAAUAGGUCAAUAUACUUUCCACCUCUAUCAUAUCGCACACCUAGAUUUAAAGUGGGAUCAACUCCCUUACUUACCUCCAAUGAAUGCAAAUAUUUGUUUCUUCAUGAUUAUAUUCACUAACUAAAAAAAUACUGUUAUACCUGUUUUUGUAUUAAAUGCGUUGAAUCUGUACGAUCCACAAGCAGUUAUAUUUCCCGAACUGAAUUUUGAGUUGGCUCACUUUAGAUCUAGGUGUGCGAUAUACAUAUGUGUUUUAAUGAGAACUACAGGAGUUAAGAAAAGUCAAAAGUAAAAUGCAGCGCUGUUUUCAAAUCCAAAUAUCUCGAAAACCAUAGCACAGAUUCAAAUAAUUUUGAUGUCAUUCAAUUGGAGAUAUGAAUCCGUUUGAUCCGUUUGAUAUGCAAAUAUUAUAUAUAUAUUGAAAUUUUUUAGCAAAAAUCCAAUCUAUGUAAAAAAUGGCAAACAAUUUUAAAGAAGCACAUUUUAUUU